CAUGCUCCCCUAAAAGUGAAAAUCGCUACCAAGGCCAAUCCCUGGGAUGGGAAGUCGCUGAAGCCUGACAGUGUCCGGGCCCAGCUGGAGACUUCCCUGAGGCGGCUGCAGUGCCCCCGAGUGGACCUUUUCUACCUGCAUGCCCCAGACCACGACACCCCCGUGGAGGAGACACUCCAUGCCUGCCACCAGCUGCACCAGGAGGGCAAGUUCGUGGAGCUUGGCCUCUCCAACUACGCCUCCUGGGAGGUGGCCGAGAUCUGUACCCUCUGCAGGAGCAACGGCUGGAUCCUGCCCACCGUGUACCAGGGCAUGUACAACGCUACCACACGGCAGGUGGAGACGGAGCUCUUCCCCUGCCUCAGGCACUUCGGACUGCGGUUCUAUGCCUACAACCCUUUGGCUGGGGGCCUGCUGACAGGCAAGUACAAGUAUGAGGACAAGGAUGGGAAACAACCCAUGGGCCGCUUCUUCGGGAAUAACUGGGCUGAGAUCUACAGAAAUCGCUUCUGGAAAGAGAACCAGUUCGAGGCCAUUGCCCUGGUGGAGAAGGCCCUUCAGGCUGCGUAUGGCGGCAGUGCCCCCAGCAUGACCUCGGCCACCCUCCGCUGGAUGUACCACCAUUCCCAGCUGCAGGGUGCCCUCGGGGACGCGGUCAUCCUGGGCAUGUCCAGCGUGCAGCAGCUGACACAGAACUUGGCAGCGACCGAGGAAGGGCCGCUGGAGCCGGCCGUGGUGCAGGCCUUCGAUCGGGCCUGGCAGCUGGUCGCCCACGAAUGUCCCAACUACUUCCGCUAGGGCCACUCCUGGCUGGUGCUGCCAAAGGCUCCUUUCUCUCCCGUCACCUCUUCUAGUCUCACAUCCUGACUAGUCUGCCUUAAGUCCAUUUAACUAACCAAGAAAAUGCUCUUUUUUGAUUGUCUGGAUCGAUGCAGUAUUUUUCUAGAUUCCGUCCUGGCUCCCAGUUGCCUUCGCAGUGUGGAAAGGCUGGGGCUGUGGUCCACUUGGGCCGUUCCUGUCUGAAUAAAGCAGGCACAUGACUGGCCUGGGCCCUGAUUGAACCCCACGAACGUGUCUCCUUUACUGUCUGCAGCCUGUUCUCAUCUGCCCGGGGCUUACUGCCAACGGGGCAGAACCACGAGCUGCAGUCCCCAGAGGGCAGGGGCAGAGCCUGAGCUCUCAACAGCAGGGCUGAGUUGGCCAUCUCCUCUGCUGCGCACAGGAGAAGAAAAGCAGGCAGUGCACCGUGAAUAUACUUCUCUUAGCCAGAAUCACCCUGGAAAUAGAGGCACUUAGAAGUAGAAUCCUUGGGGCCCAAAGCUACCGUUAGCGUCCCCACCGGGAAGAAUAAGGAUGCUCCUGGGCUGCUCCUGGGAUGCUGUGUGACAUUUUUAACAGAUUCUCAGUUUCGGCAGCAGCUUUACUGCUGUCCCGGUGAAAGCCCCCUGUCUCCUUGUCAUCUGUAGGACUCUCAGCCUUGCCCUGGGUCUCCUGCUGCUGGAGGUGGAAAGGUGGCAUGGGCAGCCAGGGUCCCCAGUUCCCUUGGCAAACCCCUACUCCAUGCAGGGGGCACCCAGUGCUGGGGAAGAAAAAUCCCAGGUUUCAUCGUUGCUUGGUGACCAUUUCCAGUGCAGAAAAAUCAGUCUAGCCCUGGCCGGGGGAGUGGGUUGUGGGCCAAGGGGGAGAAGUCAGCUUGCUUAUCUUAAAAUGAGGAAGGAGGCUCAGCUUGGAAAUGUCAGACUAGACCACCAAUCAGAAACACUCUCUGUUCUAACAAAUGUCCCGUUUGCCGUCUAGAGGGAGACACCUUGCAGACAGAAUUUUAUUCUCCACAGCCGUCGCCCUCUCUUGUCUUCAAAAUAAAAUGCAUUCUUCCCUAAGCAGGAUGGUGUAUCAGUUCCCAUUCACAAUUAGCUAUCCUAAAAUCAAGUUGCUUCAAGUGACAAAAUCCACCAAAUUCAGAUUAAAGAUUCAAUGCAAUCCCUAUCAA